UGAUAACGUAAAAUUAUUAAUUAAUCAUUAAUAAAGUGAUAGAAAGUGAAUUAUGUGAUUAAUCAUGUAAAUUAAAUGGCCAUCAUUAUAUCAUUCCGGUAUAGUGGAGUCACUUAAUAUGGGUAUUUGUCUUGAUACUGAUCAACAAAACAGAUCACAAGUUUUCGAAGACGGUGAUGUUCAUGGUGGAAAAUGGCGUGGUGAAGCCGGUCUAUUAUCUACACCACCAGAUGGGCAUUUUCCUAUGCAAAAUGUCAGUCCGGUUAAAUUUGAACCACCAACGGUUCCAGUUAUAUUUGUACUUGGUGGUCCAGGGAGCGGUAAGGUGACACAUUGUGAUAAUUUGAUGCAAGAGAAAAAAGGAAUUACCCACAUCAACAUGACAGAUCUUCUGCAGCAAUAUGCGUUGGGAAAUGAUAUGCAAGACUUUAGCUUACUGAGUAGCAAAACUGUUGCGGAAGUGCUUAUGCUCGAAAUGAAAAUGUCUCCAAAUGCAAAGACUUUCCUCGUGAGUGGAUAUCCCAGAAAUAUGCGAGACGUUGUUGAAUAUUCUGAGAAGAUUCAAAUAGUCAAUGGAGUGAUUCUCGUUUCAUGGAAACAAGAAGUACUCGAGAGACAAAUUGAUUAUGGUGCUCAGCUGGGUCAUGUAAUCUUAAGUUUAGCGCGAAUGGAACUUAGAAAUUUUUAUAGGAAUGUUAUGCCUGUAGCUGAAUAUUUUGAUCGCAGUGGUGUUUUAGUUGAGGUCAAUGGAGAACGGAACCCAAGUGAUGUUUACAUUGACUUUCGUGAAGCUGUAAUGGAAAUUCUUGGAUUUUCUAAAUCUGGCUCAAGAGAACCAGCAUCACAGUCCUUAGAAGCAGAAGUGAAAGUAGAACGCGCUGAACCAAUUUCUGCUAGUCCGAAGACAGCUUACAUAGCUCCGUUAUCAUCUGAGCCAAAGACUAUUCUUUCUAAAACAGCGAUUAAACCCAGAAAAGGAUUACCUACAUUUAUUUGGGUAAUUGGUGGACCAGGAAGCAAUAAAUCAAGUUUGUGCAUUCAAGCUGUUAGAAACAUGCCAAAUUGGGCACACAUUAGUAUAGGAAGUUUACUAAGAACCAUGUCUACUUCGAAUAUGCUCGUAAAAGAAGCUAUUGUAACGGGUGAAAUGGUCUCACAAGAUGUAGUAAUGCAGCUCAUUGAACAACAAGUCUUGUUAAACCGUGACAGUGAUGGUAUCAUUAUUGAUGGUUUUCCAAGAGAUCUUAAUCAAGUUCAGGAAUUUGAGACCAAAUUCGGACAGGAACCACCAUUAAUUUUGUUAGACUGCUCUAAACUUCAGUUGGGCCGAGGAAAACUUGAUGAUACUGUUCCAGCAUUUAGGAGACGACUAGAACUCUUCAGAGAAGUAACAUUACCAGUAUUGAAAAUUAUUGAUAAUGAUAGUCGUCUAAUAACUAUAAAUGGUGAUACUGAUGUUCCUUCAGUGCAACAAGAAUUUUCAGCAGCAAUUUAUCAAUUAAUGCGUCAGUCACAUCAUAAAGAUGAAGAAAGUUUGAAAGAGCAUCAAAAUUCAUCGUCAAAUAAUUGGAAUUAUAUUAAUUCUAAUCAUAAUGAGCAUCAAACGAAAUCGCAUGUGCCUAAUAACUUAUCUAAAACUCCAUAG